AUGGAGCUUAGGUUGGGGCCUCGCCGGCGUUCCCCCCGGCUGCUAGCCCUAGUAGGCGACGGAGCGGAUCUCAUCAGCACUCUCCCCGAAGACCUGCUACUCCUCGUCCUCGCCCGCCUGGGAUGCGCCGCCGCCGCCGCACGCACCGGCGUCCUCUCUCGCCGGUGGCGCGGCCUCUGGGCACGCCUCCGCCGGGUCGUCUUCAACGACGUCGCGCUCCACUCGCUCGAAGCUGCGCUCGGCUGCAUCCCUCCUCCGCCGCCCGCGGUUUCCCUCCUCCGAAUCCGCCUCCCCAUGCCGCGCGGGCGCGUCCCCAAGAAGCAGCUGGUGGACACCAACCGCGUCAACUCGUUGCUCCGCGCCGCCGCGCGGCUCGACCCGGAGGAGUUCUUCUUGGCCUUUCCCUGGGACCUAUUCCAAGCCCACGGUCUUCGCCUCCUCCUCGACCUGCCUUGCUUCCACCGUGCCACCUCCAUCGAGGUCGAGCUGGAUCUUUGUUGCACUAUCCGCUGCGUGCCAGCCGGCGGUGAGUUCUCCGCACUCGAGAGGCUGUCCCUGUGUUCCUGCACCGCCGAUCUCGACGCCUUGCUCUCCUGCUGCCCGCUAUUGCGGACGCUCCGGCUCACUGACGUUCGGUUCCAUGACGAUGUCAUGAGUGUCAACUCACCAUUGCUGCAGGAGCUUAUUGUGGUCCAUGGGAGAUUUGUAGACCAUGUCAACAUUGUUGCCCCCAUGCUAACACAAUUGACCAUGUUCUUUGAAAUCUUCCAUACACAUAGUAUUUCCAUCUUGGCACCAAUGAUGGAGAAGUUCUCGUGGGGCUGUUAUUUAUAUGGGAACCAAGCUACGUUUGGUGUUUGGAUACUCAGGAAGCUGAGUCUAAAUACAGCAGAGGGGCAAGGGCAGCUCUCUUCGCUGCACGUGAAUGCCAGCCCGUCUACUAAUUUUUACGGUGAAACGGACAACCUUGAGCAGCAGAUAGUGAAGCAUAUGAUUGUUGACUUCUCUGUUCUGGAGCUACACCUCACAACAAAGGAGCAUGUUUACGGAGCAUUUGUGGUUCAUCUCCUUGGGAUAAAUCGAAUUCAUUGUGUUAUGCAAAGGCUUAAGGUCAACCUACAGAGACCAGAGGAAAACGAAGAAGGAUGCCUACCACACUGUCGCUGUGAUUCUCCGAACUGGAAAUCCCAAACUAUCUCUUUGACUUCUCUCGAAGAAGUAGAAAUCACAGGCUUUGAUGGAGAGGAUCAUGAGUUUGAUUUGUUGAAAUUGAUACUCAGAUGUGCACCAAUUCUGAAAAGAAUAAUUUUGAAGCUGUCACAGGAGGCCUCGGAAAGUAAUGACAGAUGUGCCAAAAUAUACAAUAUCUUAAGGGUGCAUUCUUCCGUGGAAUGCUCUAUUUAUCUUAGCUCUGGGUUAAUACAUGGCAGCCAGAAUUGCACAUUGACAUGAUUCUCAUCCUUACAUUGGCGAUUCAUGGUUAAUUCAUGGCAAUCAAAAUUCUCCCUCGACAGAUUCUUACUGUUACAUUUCUGGAUCCAUGGUGUGAAUCGACAAGAUCAUCCUUUCCCAUGAUGACAACCUUCUUAUGAUAUCAUUUGGUUUUAGAAUUUGUCCUGCUUGCUGCAACCAUUAGAAAAGGUGUUGUUUUGGCAGUGCACUGCCUCUGUUUGCUAGGAGUAUUGUACCCUUAGUUAUAUUCAUUUGUUGAAGUGGCACAAAUUAUUUUGCUCAACCUAGGUCAGCUAUGUGCUCCAAGUGAUCUCUGUUUCGACGCUGACUGAAGGAGAUUAGCUCGCUCUCUUAUCCUGAGAAUCACGUUAUGUUUCAUCUCUUGUCUGAACUACUGCAUUAUGUAUGUUGAACAGGUUAUUUGUUUCGGAAUAUGGUUUCUUUGUGAA